AUUUGUCAUGGACCGGACUUCAUAGGGAAGCGCUUAGGGUAUUUCGUUCCACCCACCAACCAAACACACAAGUGAACGCCACCUAAUCAUCCAAUUUCCAAAUACAUCCAAACACUUUUUUUUGUUCAAUCAAGCUGUAGACUGUAGUCCAUCCAUGGAUCUUUCAAACGCGGCCCAGAACAAUGAAGCCCGGUCCGCCAAACAAAUCUUCAUCUUGUCGGGCCAGAGCAACAUGGCGGGGCGCGGCGGCGUCGACAGGCACACGAAGAAAUGGGAUGGCGUCGUUCCUCCAGAAUCCUCCCCUGACCCCUCCAAAAUCAUGCGGCUCAGCGUUGACCUCCACUGGGAGGUGGCGCGUGAGCCUCUCCACCACGACAUCGACACCAAGAAAACCUGCGGGGUGGGCCCCGGGAUGUCGUUCGCCAACACGGUGAAGGAGCGCGUCGGAGUCAUCGGACUGGUGCCCUGCGCCGUCGGAGGGACCGCGAUCAAGGAGUGGGCUCGGGGGACGCACCUGUACGAGAAUAUGGUGAAGCGCGCGAAGGCGGCGGUGCACGGCGGAGGAGAAAUAAAGGCGGUCCUGUGGUACCAAGGGGAGAGCGAUACGUCGUCGCAAGAGGAUGCGGACUCCUACAAGGAGAACAUGGAGACGCUUAUUUGCAAUGUGCGAACAGAUCUGGAUUUGCCCUCUCUUCCCAUCAUUCAGGUCGCAAUUGCAUCUGGAGAUGAAAAGUACCUUGAAAAGAUUAGGGAAAUACAGAAAGGAAUUGAUCUCCCAAAAGUUGUGUGUGUGGAUGCAAAGGGAUUGGAGCUCAAAGAAGACAACCUUCAUCUCACUACUGAGGCCCAGGUCCAAUUGGGCCGUAUGUUGGCCGAUGCUUAUCUUACCCACUUUUUCUGAUAUAGAGGCCCAACUAAAAUUGGCCUCAUCUCAUGUUCUGGCCCAGAACAUGGAUGUGUGUUUCUAUUCUCUUGUUCUACUUGUACUUGACUAGUUUCAGUUGAACAUUGACUAUCUUGUUAUAAAAAAGCAUGAUUCUCACUGUUUGAUA